UCUAAAAACAGUCGUGCCGAAGAUGGCGACGUGUGAGCGGCGGCGUCCGCGCGGUGUUUAAUCGAGGACUGAGGAGUCGAGCGAGGAGAGCAGAGGAGACAGAGAGAGUGAGAAAGAGAGCGGUGAGGUGAGGAGGUGUGUAUCAUGUUGCCGCGGUCGCAGGUCGCAGGGCCCGCAGUGUUUCCGUGAUCCGCGUUAGGCUCGGUGCAAAUGUAAAAGGAAUGUCAGAGGCGAAACGGGUGCCCCUGCAGACCCUGGAGUUCCCGGAGCCCCUGGGCCACGCGACGAAGAAGGAGAAAAAGGGGAACAUGGGCAAGCAGCUCGCGCCCUCCUUCCGCUUCGCGCUCACCCUGCCCGAGUCCAACGAGAAGACAUGCCCGGAGAUCAACUACGCGCAGCUCCUCAAGUCGGCGGAGAAAAAACGAAGGAAAGAACAGAAGAGGGGAGAUGAGAAUGCGACCAAUGGAUUGGACCCGUUCGACGAUGACGAUGACGAGGAUAAGCUUAAAGACAUGGCGAGACGAUUCGAGGCGAAAUAUGGAACAUCUACAAUGGGAAAGAAAAGGCACAAAUAUGAUGAGUACGUGGAUUUGGGCCUUUUCUAGGUGAAAAACGACUCCUUCAUCGAAAAUCCGGAUGCUUAUGAUGAAAUUGUACCCGAAGAGAUGACCACGGCGCACGGGGGCUUCUAUAUUAAUUGCGGAGCUCUUGAGUUCAGAGCAGCCGAUAGACGUUCGUUAGUCCAUAACAAUAAUAAUAAUAACAAUAGCGACGACGAGGAGAGUAGUGAGAGUAGCGAAGAGGAUACCGAAGAUGUAGAUAGUCCUAAAAGAGUAGAUAAACGUACUAUUAGCUCCUCGGAUGACGAUGAGACGGAGGAUAUUACUGGUGAUAACCCACGAAAAAGACGGAAAAUCGAUGAAAAUAGCGAGAAGAAAGUUAAUCAUGAGAGUAAAAAGAGAAAAAAGCAGCAAAAUCAUCAGACGCAGGACGCACAACAACAAAAUUCUCAACAGGAUCUGGAUCUUUUGAGACGGAAGGAAAAGAAUGAGACGACAGAUGCUGAGGGAGGUACAGCCUCGGAAGAUCAAGAGGAGAAGAAAAAGUCUGAUAAACCGGAGAAAAAUAAAAUAAGUGAGAAAAAGUUCGAUAUCAAAAAGUUCGAGAAGAAAUCGUCCAAUAGUAAUGGGUAUGACGCGAAGAAGAUAGAUCUAAAGAGAUUAGGUGCUAAAGACAACAUCGCCGAUGCGAUAGAAAGCGUCGUCAAUGCAGCUCGAGGAAUCGAAGAUGAGUCGAGUCGCGAUACAACAGAUUCGGGGAAAUCUCGUGCUUGCCUUUACGUUGAAUCCGACGGGGAGGAAAUGGAGAAUAAAGAAGCGUCUUUGCCCGAGAAUCUACCCGAGGAUAUAAAAGAGAUAGUGAAUAAAUUAAAGAUUCAAGCGGAAAAUAGCAAAGACGGCAAAAGCAAGUUCUUCAAUAGCGCAGUUAACGAAGUGCUCUUUAC